AUGGAUGCCGAGCUAUCUAUAGAAGACAAAGAAUUUUUAGCUAAGUGUGAAGAAGAGUUAAAAGAUCGUUUUACUGAAAAGGAUGAAGAAUACAUGAAAGUUUUUAAUAGAUCACCAUCCAUACCACCUAUAAUGGAGAAUUUUUGGCAGGCCUCUAACAACUCUGGUCGUAGAAAUGACCGGCGCAACAACAGACGUUUUCAUCCAUAUGAUCGAAGAGACAGACAAGGGGAUCAUCAAUAUGAUCGGAGAGAUAGACAAGGGGAUCGUCCAUAUGAUCGGAGGGAUAGGCAAGGGGGCGGUGACAGAGGAUACAAUGACUAUAAUAAUUAUAAUCGCUCCAGAUAUUAA